GAGACAGGUUCCAAUGUUACUCCCUAUGUCAGCUAGAGUUCUCUCUUCUUUCAAAUUUCCCUGGUUUUCUUUUUUGUCUUCCUCUAGAGUAGAGACACCCUGAUUUUUAUGUUCACCAAAAAACAAGCCAAGUCCCCACUUUUAUUUAUCACCACCCAACAAUAGAAUUUGUAGCCAAGGCAAAUCAAACCAAACAAACAAGCUUGUUUGUAUAUAUAUAUAUCCCCUCUCUUUCAGUUCCAAGUAUGUCAAAUAUCUCCGGUGAUGAUGAUGAUGGAAGCUUCUCUUCUGGAGAUAAACAACAACAGCUGCAAAUUAAUAAAUUUCCCGUUUCUGGUGCUUCUAAUACCAAUGGUUCUUCUUCUUCAUCAUCUCAACAGCCACUGCAAGGAGCCAAGAGGAAAAGGAAUUUACCAGGAACUCCAGAUCCAAAUGCUGAAGUUAUUGCUCUAUCACCAACAACGCUGAUGGCCACAAAUAGGUUUGUAUGUGAGAUAUGCAAAAAAGGGUUCCAAAGGGACCAAAACUUGCAACUACACCGGAGAGGACAUAAUCUUCCUUGGAAGUUAAAGCAAAGGGCGACCACCGAGGUCAAGAAACGAGUUUACGUAUGUCCCGAGCCCAGUUGUGUCCACCACAACGCGGCUCGAGCGCUAGGUGACCUUACCGGGAUCAAGAAGCAUUUUAGCCGUAAGCAUGGUGAGAAGAAAUGGAAGUGUGACAAGUGUUCGAAGAAAUACGCGGUUCAAUCGGAUUGGAAAGCUCAUCAGAAGACCUGUGGUACUAAGGAAUAUAAAUGUGAUUGUGGAACCAUCUUUGCAAGGAGAGACAGCUUUAUCACACAUAGAGCUUUCUGUGAUGCAUUAGCUGAAGAAAACAACAAGGUGAACAACAACCAUGGAGCAUUGAUGAACAAUAUGGGAUCACCAAACUCACAAAACCAAAUUGCAGAGCUCAUGUCAUCAUCAAUGUCAAUGAGCGGCAAUGUAUUACCUGAUUUCAAGUCCCUUCCACAAGAGCUAGUGCCUAUGCAAUUUAAGUCCAUGAACAUGGGAGGCGGAGGGGGCAUCUUUUCGAGCAGCUCGGGCACUUUAUUUGGUGGUCCAAGAACCAUUUCCUCAGCGUCCUCUAGCUUACAACUUAGUACAAAUACCUCAUCUGGUUUCAGUUAUUUACAGGAUAACAUAAAUGGCUGUUGCCAAGUAUCCGGGUCACCCCACAUGUCUGCAACAGCUUUGCUACAAAAAGCAGCUCAAAUGGGUUCAGCUGGUAGUAAUAGUAUAAACUCUACCAUGAUGCAAAAAAGCUUUGAAACGCCAUACGAUCAGUUCCCAGUAUCACAAGCCGAUCAGUCAAACAUGGUUGGGAUCAGCCAUGGCAGCCCCAAUGAAAUGACCCAACUUUUUAAUGCUGCCACUGAAGCAAUGAACCAUAUGGGAAUGUUCACCACCACCACCAACAUGUUCAUCAACCAAGGAGGCUUGAUGAUGAAUAACCACAUGGAACAUGAAGAUAGUGCAAGCCCGACAGUGCCAUCGAUAUUUGGAGUUAGCAAUGGAGGAAGUAACAUGACGACCCUUGAUUUCAUGGGGAUUAAUAAUGAAGGGUCAAGGACAACAGCAGCAAAUUUGCAUGAAGAACAGUUUGAGCAACAAAGAAUGUCAAUGAUGAACCCUUUUCAACAACAACAGCUCUCACAUGGGGAUUCAGCUAUCGAAAAGCCCAUCUGGGAUGUUUGAGAGUUACAGCUUUUCUUAUUUUGUUUUGGGGUUACUUUUGGCUGACAGCUUUGGCUGGAAGAUCUUGUUGCUGUUGCAUGGUGACAAAGCUGAUAUGGCCACUUUGGGAUUAGGUACCAAAUAGGGUUUCUCAGGGUCCACUCCCCACUUACAUAUAACGUCAAGCAAAGCAUGGGCCUUCAAUUUUUAAUUUUCAUAAUGACAGUACACUGUGCAUGGUAUGGGAGCCAUUUGUUGUCACGAAAUAACCUGGAAGACUCGUUUUACUUCAAAAACUGAAAUCAAACGAACCAAUUUGUAAUGACAAAAAGGUAAUUUUAAUCUCAGGUUUGAUA